AUGUCCGGAACCAUGCGAGGCACUCCAAACCGGGGUCAGAGCAGUCGCGGUGCCAUGCCUUUCAACACUCCCGUCAGUCCUGCUGGAGGCUCUGGCAUCCCCAGGCCCGUCCACGAGACCCAGGCAAGCCACCAGCCAGCGCCCAGCGAGGCUGCCUCGGGGGUCAGCGCCAGCCGGCAGAAGCAGUCGAAGCGUGAUGAGGCCAUCCGCAGGAAACUGGAGAGCGACCUCUCCAAGAAGAAGGGCCUCACCAACCGUGCCCGUCACUCCCGCAAGGCCCCUCCCGGAACUGUCCUCGCUCUCAAGCCUAGCCCGGCCCUCCAGAUCAAGCCCUCCACAACAGUCUCCGAGGCUGCGCAGCUCAUGGCUGCCAAGCGCGAAGAUUGCGUCCUGGUUACCGACGACGACGACCGCAUUGCUGGUAUAUUCACAGCAAAGGAUCUGGCUUUCCGCGUGGUCGGCGCGGGUCAGAAGGCCAGCAGUGUCACAAUUGCCGAGAUCAUGACCAAGAACCCGCUCUGCGCAAGGACCGACACCAGCGCGACGGAUGCGCUCGAUCUCAUGGUGCGCAAAGGCUUCCGCCACCUGCCCGUCAUGGACGAGAACCAGGACAUCUCUGGUAUCCUCGACAUCACCAAGUGCUUUUACGACGCCAUGGAGAAACUCGAGCGGGCGUAUGCCUCCUCCACCAAGCUGUACGCCGCUCUCGAGGGUGUCCAGUCCGAGCUCGGUACCAGCCAGCCGCAGCAGAUCAUCCAGUACGUGGAGGCUCUGCGCUCUAAGAUGUCCGGCCCGACUCUCGAGUCUGUCCUGAACGGCAUGCCUCCCACGACUGUCAGUGUUCGCACCUCCGUCAAGGAGGCGGCUAUGCUCAUGAAGGAGAACCACACCACAGCCGUGCUUGUCCAGGACCAGGGUCAGAUUACAGGCAUCUUCACCAGCAAGGACGUCGUCCUGCGCGUGAUUGCCCCUGGCCUUGACCCGGCCAACUGCAGUGUCGUCAGAGUCAUGACCCCUCACCCUGACUUUGCUCCCAUGGACAUGAGCAUCCAGGCUGCGCUCAGAAAGAUGCACGAUGGCCACUACCUCAACCUGCCCGUGAUGAACGACUCGGGCGAGAUUGUCGGCAUGGUCGACGUCUUGAAGCUCACCUACGCCACCCUUGAGCAGAUUAACACUAUGGGCUCUGGCGAUAGCGAAGGCCCUGCCUGGAACAAGUUCUGGCUGUCACUCGACAACGAGACCGAGUCCAUGGUCAGUGGAGACGGCAGCCACCACCACACGAUGGCGUCGCGGUCGAUGAUGUCACCCGACCACGGCCGCGACAGGAUUGGCGACUCCGUAGCACCAGGCGACAGUGCGUCCCACGUCGGGGAAGGCUCCCUUCUCGAGCCCAUCACUCCUGAUGUUCCCAUUGCCGACAUGCCGUUCGCUUUCAAAUUCAAGGCCCCGAGUGGCCGGGUGCACCGAUUCCAGGUGAUUGCCAGCCAGGGCAUUGAGCAGUUUGUCACGAGCGUUGCGGCGAAGCUUGGCAAGGAGGCCGACGUUCUGGGUGGAACCCCCACCGUCGAUGACGGCAAGCUGAGCGUCGGCGGCUUCGCCAUGAGCUACCUGGACGAUGAGGGAGACACCGUCUCUAUCACUACCGAUCAGGACCUGCUUGAGGCCAUUAUGCUAGCCAGGCACAGCCACCGCGAGAAGGUUGAUCUUUUCGUGCACGACCCGUCUCAACCUCCCGUUACCGUUGCGGCUCCCCAGCCUGACAUUCCCAUCCCGACACCGCCGGCCAGCACUGCCGCUUCCGGCGUGCGCCGCCGCCGUGGUGUUGUUGAGGACAGCGAUGAAGAUGACAGUGAGGAUGAUGAUGAGGAGGACAUGAGCGCGAUUAGACGGCGGAGAAGACACGGGCAUCACCGGUCGGAGCCGGAUCAGGUUAUUGCGGGCGUUCCCAACGAGCUGCUCCUGCCUGGUGCGGUCGUGACGCUGGCGGUGGUGAUCAUUGGUGUCUUUACCAUCUCGAGGUUGUCGAGCAGUCGCUAA